AUGAGCAUCUGGGAGCUGAUCCUGGCUUUCGUGGUGGUGGUGCUGAUGCUCGUGGCCCUGCUGGCCAACGUGCUGGUGCUGCUGUGCUUCCUGUACAGCGCCGACAUCCGCAAGCAGGUCCCGGGAUUGUUCAUCCUCAACCUCACCUUCUGCAACCUGUUGAUGGCUGUUUCCAGCAUGCCCCUGACCUUGGCCGGGAUCAUUUACAAGAGUCAACCAGGAGGAGAUCCGAUCUGCCAAGCUGUGGGCUUCCUGGAGACUUUUCUCACCACGAAUUCCAUGUUGAGCAUGGCAGCUUUGAGCAUUGACAGGUGGAUCGCUGUGGUCUUCCCUCUAAGUUAUCACUCCAAAAUGAGGUACAGAGAUGCUGCUCUCAUACUGAGCUACACGUGGUUGCACUCGGUGUCGUUCCCGAUAGUGGCAGCUUCUCUCUCCUGGGUGGGUUUCCAUCAUCUCUAUGCCUCCUGCACCCUGUACAACAAGAGACCAGAAGACAGGACACAGUUCAUGAUUUUCACUGGGGUCUUUCACGGAAGCAGCAUGCUGCCCAUCCCAAAAUGGAUAUUUUCCAAAUCUCUCAAUAUCAUGAGGCAGACUCUGGUCUGCAAAUACUGCUUAGACGUGAGAGAGCGUUGUCUGGAAGAGCAAAAGAGGCGGAGGCAGCGAGCAACAAAGAAAAUAAGUACCUUUAUUGGUACCUUCAUACUUUGUUUUGCACCUUAUGUAAUUACAAGACUUGUUGAAUUAUCCUCCGUGGUCCACAUCAAUUCCCACUGGGGAAUCAUUUCCAAGUGCUUGGCUUACAGCAAAGCUGUUUCAGACCCUUUUGUGUACUCUUUGCUCCGGCAUCAGUACAAGAAGACGUGGAAGGACAUCAUAAACAAGAUCCUCAAGAGGAGCUCCAUCAACUCCUCCGCCCUCACGAGCGAGUCGCACAACCCGAAUAUAUCGCAGCUGAACGAGUGAGGAGCCUGGUAUGGGACCUAAAAGACAUAAAACAUGAUAUAUGUGGAACAAAACUCAAUGGCCUAUCCCUAGUAGCUCUCCUCAGCUGUCCAGGUUUUGGGAGGCAGUGAUGGACAGGGUCAGUGCCAGCCCACGCUAACACCUUAGGGAGUCAGGCUGCUUUGGACCUCCUGCCUCUGACUGGAAGAGCACUAUUGAUCUGUGGUCCUGCAGGCUUCAUAAAUACAAAUCUCCCAUUGAUUUCCAUCAGCAGUUGCAUCCAUAGAUAAAAAGCUAGUCCUCAGCAGAAGGGCUCAUGAAAGGAAUGGGAGCAAACUGGUGUCAUCAUAAGAUUAUUCUAAAGAGUUGCAUAGGGGUGUUUGUGCUGUGUUUUUCACUGGCUGCAGUUAAAGCUCCCCCUGAUGUAGCUGCCAACAUGGCUUUACAAAACCCACCCCAGCCUAGUUGCUUGAGAAGGAUGUGUAUAGAAAAAAAACUUAAUGGAAAAAGCUUAAAAAAAAUAAAGAUCUUUAUUUAAAUAUUAGUCCAGUGCCCAACACAGCUUUCAGCCUUUUCAUAUAUAUAUAUUUUUUGGAACAAUCCUGUGGAAUUUAAGGAAAAAACAAUUUUGAUGUAUGCUACAGGGUGGAUUCAGCCAUAUCUACUCUAGAUUUUAAAGGAAUUUACACAAAAUCCCACUAAUUUUCUCCCUGUUGGAUUUCAGAAAAAUUCAUAAGGUAGGCAGAGUGGAAAGGUCAGGAUGCCUCCUGCUUAAUUCCAUAUAUCUGAGCUAUAAAGAACUGAAUUUUGCCCAAAUCUGCAGAACUGGGCCCUGUGCCCAGGAGAAAAAAAAAAUAAAAUUCCUUUUUCUGAGGAGUUAUUAAUCAUAGUUUUUUUACUACUUCAAAGAAAGAUGAGCCUAAAUCUGAAUUUAAAGUAUAAUUUUCAAAGCAAGUGGAGGAAAAAUAAUAGGCCUCCACUCCAUCAUGAAAGUGGGGCCAAUAAUCUGGAUCUCAGGAGAUUUCAGUCCAAAUUUUACAGCUCUAGAUUGCAGUUAUGCAUAGGGACAUUAUUAACACUUCCCAUGCCGUCAGAUGCAUGCCUAGAUUUAGAAUAGCCUUGGUUAAUUAGGCUUCAUGCAUGCAAUGGCAGCUUAAAUAACAGCUGACACAGCUGGCUGUGCUACCACCUCCCCUUGCUCAUAUUCCUACUGUCAAUCCCAUACUGAGAAAACACAGCCGGGAUCAUAUUGAGAAAACAAGAGCCCGAGUUUUAAAAAUGAGGGAUUACUUUUUAGUUACCACUUACUGUCACCCAAGAAAAAGGCUCAAUAAGUUGCAAAAAAUACCCACUGUUGAAUUUUCUGGCCUCUGAUUCAAAGCCCAGACAGGGAACUCAGUGAGGGGCUUCACCCCAAAGCCGGUGAAUGUGGGGUAACACCUCUGUUAUCAAUCUGGAGAGCCUUGACUUAGCCCUCGCCCUGGCAUGGGCUACAGCUGCAAGGAACCAUGUUAAUCUGUGAAUUUACAUAGUCAUCUGCUCUGUAAAUGGAAGAAUUUAUAUGAUGAAGAUCAUAAACAGCCACGUAAAUAAAAAUUUUUAGCUUAAUUACUAUUCAGCUAUAAAAAUACCACAAUUACAAUAAAAUCUACACACUAUUAUAAUCACAGAUUUUAAGUUCUUACAACACUGCAUUCAAAUUAGCCCUCAGCCAGAUUAAAUAGUCUACCUCAUCUUAAUUAUUUUCUUUCUUAGGCUUAACAUAAUUUUCUCAGGUGCAAUAGAUAAAGACACCCAGCUUAAUACUUGUUUCUUAAGAAAUUCAAGUAAUUUUGAUGACUGGAGUGAAUCAGAACACAUGAGUUUAAAAAGGAUAAAAAGCUUUAUAUUGAUUCAUUAUAUGUUUUACUAAGAUCACUUUUACUGAAUUGCCCCAGGAUGGUUGUCAAGGUCCACAACUGUUGUUAACUUAUACAUGGGCCUGUUGCCAAAGUCAAUGGGAGGUUUGUAUGUUGAUAAGGUUAACUCCAGAAGGAUUUAAAAUUUCAAAUUUAAAGAGAGUAAGAUAAUUUCCUAGGGAAAAAAAACCCAACUAUUCUACAUUUAGGAUAUCUAUUAAAAGACAGAGAAAAAUACAGCAUUGGACUUGUCUCAUUAUGCUUGUGUAUCACAGUCAGUCACUGGUUGAUUUACGUGUCACCAUGAGCAAUAAAUCUCUCCACUUGUAUAUGUUUAAAAAUUUGUCUUUCUUUCAUGGUGCCUUUCUUCUGUAAUUAAUCUUAUACCAGAGAAUAGAUAUAAUUUCCCCUUCCUUGCAUCAGCUCUCCGACACAUUGUCAUAUUUCCACCACCUGAAGCAAGCGAGAGUUGUAAAUGCUGGUGCUUGACAAACUGCCUCAGUACACAAAAUAAAAGUAAUGCCCUAACAUUUCCUGAUGGCAUUUUAUAAGAUACUAGAAAUAUGAUACUGUGGCUUGUUAAGUGCUAGAUAUUCAGCUGAAUUCUUAUAGGCAACUGGCAGAAUUUUCUAAAAUGUAUGUCUAAGUGAUGAAUGUAGAUAUGAGUAACUGUCUGCUGAGUAUUAUAUGUACUAUACAACACUUUGACUCGAGCCAGUUAGAAUAAUGAUGGUAAAUGUAAUGCACAGUAUUUAUUACCUCUGCUCAUGAAGCAGAGAUGUUCUCUUGUCAAACACACGUGUGUGUGCGGGGGGGAGGGGGGAGAGAAGGGGAAUUUCCAUUUGUUAUUUAAAUAUUUUUGGAAAAUGUUUGUAAAGUAUGGCUGCAAUGUGUGCCCAAAAUCUGGAACUGCAUGUGCAAAACUGGGCAGCUGCUUAGGCAAUAUGCAGUUUUCUGUUUGUUGGUAUCUGUGUCCCAUAUGCAAUAUCUAUUCCUCACGUGCAUGUUCAAUUAACAAUUUUUUCAUAUCUUGUAAAUUUGGCAGGCAGAACACUGGCAGAUGAGUAAGAGAAUUUAGUCCACUAUGUCAUUUUGUGGCUUCUGAGCUUUUCCUUUUGUUUAUUUUAGAGUAAUUUAUAUAAUUUCAGAGCCCUAACUGUGAACUAGGAUCAUGGUCUAUGUGAUAGUUUUGAGCCAGUGUGAAUGUGAAGAUCUGGGUAACUGCAUUUGGCAAAAAACUAUGACAAACUGAUAAUUAUUGAAUAAUUAAUAAGUAUCAAAUUCUUUCCUGACAUAAAUCAACAUAAUAGUUGGUUUCACCUGAGGAUUUGGUCCCAUUAGAUGAAUAUAAAUCUGCUUCAGGGCAACAGCAAAAUCUUCCUGGAAGAUAUUUUUUAAAAAUAAUUUUUGGAAGACCUUUCAGACUUAGCUUCAGGAAACAGCUGCAUCAGAACACCUUUAAGAGGUUACAAAAGUGAGGGAGAGAGAGAUGUGAGUGGGAGGCUGAGGGCCAGGUAGGUUGGGAGCUACAAACUGGCUUUGCUGCUGCUUAAAUAACGUGUUCCCCUGGCUGCAGUGGGCUUUUCCCAGUGCCCUAUUUCCACAGAGUCUCUCAGACGUUCACUCAUCCCAAAGAGAAAGGUGAAAAUUCUGUCAAAGCUCAGUAGCUGCCAUAGAAUGGGCUGAGCCUGCAAGAGCAGCACAGACUCCACAGGAAGAUCCUUGUUGGCUUGGGAAGACUCUGCUGGUAUUCAGAUGUGCUCUGUGGAAACUACUCACACUGUUUGAGUGACCAGAGACAGUCUAAUUCCUGAAGCCCUGGGGGUUGAGGUCGAUUGCAGAAAGUGAAUUUUUCUGGACCUACCUGGCUAAGGUUUCACAGUUCCCUCACAUCUCUUAAUCCCAAAUGAAGAAGGCUCUGAAGGCUCUGAAUAUCUUGCCCUAUGCAUUUUUACACUUAUAGUGAAUACCCUUUGGAGCAACCCUUUGGAAAUUGUUGCUUUUCACUGCUGUUAGAGCUGUCUUCUCCCCACGUUCAGUGUUCUUGUCACUAAGGAAAGCUCAAAAGCAGAGACUUGUUACUUUACCCUAAAAUCACAAAAUACUUCAGCACAGAAAGCUCAGUUAAAUCCUGAUCCCAUGCUCACUCUGUGUGUGCUCUGUUGGAUACUGAGGGCUGAGCACAGGUUUAUGUGUUUGCAGAAUCAGGGAUUAUACCUUUGUAACCUUCCCAAAACUGAACAAAUGAGAACAAUAACAUUGUAGCCUUAAAUCUGGGGGGUUUUAAUUUUCUUUUUAUUCUUUCAGCAUUCAGUAUAUAAAAAAAUCUUUGAUGGGUGAAGCUUCUUAAGGAAAACCACCCUGCUCCAAAAGGCAGCUGUCCCUGGGGGGGGGGGCAUAAAAGUUUACAUGGAGAAAAGAGCUGCUGCAGUCUUUGUCAAAUGUCUUCUUCUUACCUGUAAUUCUGAUGUGUGUCAUGUAAAUAUGUAUUUAGGAUUGUUGGUUUCUAAGCAAAUAAUGCUGAUCUAAUGAACUAGAGAGGUUGCUAUAGUUUAUCACAGAUGUCUAUAUUUAUAAGAAGGAUGAUUUGCCCUAGAGACUGUAAGUGCACUUCAGAAAUGUGUGUGCCAAGAAAAAGAUGCAUCAGGUGUGUGACAGCAUGAAUGGGUGGCAAUUGUGUAGUAAAAUACUUUUUUUUUGUUCAAGAAAUACUACUGCACAUGGUUUCAAUGCACCCAAAGGCACAAGUCCAUAUGGCUGAUUAAUAAUCUACAAAGACAUGUUAGAAAAAGGAUCUCUAUUUGGAGUUGUUACUGAAUCCUAGAAUGGUUUGGGUUGGAAGGGACAUUAAAGGCGAUCUCAUUCCACCUCCUGCCAUGGGCAGGGACAACUUUCACC